AGUUCGUUUUGUAGGUGUAGUCUAGGGUACCCGUAGUCUAGAUCUAGAGAUCGAAGUGGACAAGAACUCUACUUGUAACUAGCAAGGGUGACGUCCAGGGAAGACCUAGAGAUCUACCUCUCUCUGACUCUGCGACUGAAAGUGGUCCUCUGUAACUAGCAGUCAAUGUCUUGUGUGGCAUCAGAGCAUGACCAUCAUUGAGAACAGAUGAUUUAUUCUGGCUUUUCUCAUGGCUGACACUGUGUCUGAUGAUCUUUGUUGAGUCCUGGUGGUCGGAGGAUGAAACUACGACUGCGGCUGAAAUGGAAAUAUGCUCUGCGCCAGUUUCUAGCCAGAUGCCUAGCAUACUUCCUGCUGGGUGCGACCUUGUGUCAACGCUACAUCUACGCCGUGCUCUGUGUGUGCGGGGUCUCGCUACUGCUGCUUUGGGCCAGCUACGAGAGCACUUCCUGUCGCACGCUCAAUUUACCGGAUUCUUUGUGUGCCGAGUAUGCCAGGAAGGAUGUGGCGGGGACCCUGUGCGAGGACGUCUGCCAGACCAUAACCAUUGACACAGAUGGCUGCGUGGACACCUCCCAACGCUUGCUGAUUCUCCAGAAGGGCAUGAACCGCCUGGUGAUGACGGACACGUUGGGUCACCCCCACGCCCUGCUAGAGGAGGGCUACUCGGUGCAGCAGUUCCUGGAGCGGCUGAGGGCCUUUGUCCGUCAUGAGCUGGGAGAGGGGGACCACUCUGUCCUCAUCAAACGCCUCUUCAAGGAGUUCGAUCGCAGCGGGGAUGGAAUGCUGCAGCUGGGAGAGGCUCAGAGCCUGUGGAGACUCUUGCGGCAGCCAUACUUCUUGUCCUUUUUCAUCUUCCAGGACAGCCCGUCUGUACCGUACUUAAACGGCACCUGCGGUCAGUUGACCGUCUGGCACGAACCGUACAACCGUGCCCGUCAUGUCCUGUACCGCCGCGCCUCCCCCUGGCCCCUCAGCAUGUUCUCGGACACCGCCUAUCGCUGGACACUGCCGUCCUGGAUGCGAAGGGCAAAGGUCGUGAUGAGUCUGCUGGAGCUAGUGGAGGAAAUGUAUGAGAAGGAGGGGGUCAGAUAUCACCUAUGUCACAUGGACGGCCUGACCCUUCACAUGCACCCGAAAGAUUUCGAAGUACUGAUAUCCCACAAUGCAAUGCUACUGUCAGCGAGACAGGUCCAGAACCGACUGAGCAACAUGACGUGUCGCCGCCACUCGGACUGCUACCUCACAGAGCAGUGUCAGACCUCGUGUGACUAUCAGACGGGACGGUGCACAGACUCACUGGUCCGACCCACUCUCUCGUUCGUCUGUGAGAUCAUGGAGGAGUAUCUGUUGUUCGACACGCCGAAACAGAUCAAGGCCAACCUGACUCGUUUGAUCCGCCGAUGCGUGUUGUUGGGCCGUCGCUCAGCCAGCAUUGUCACACAUUCCGUUUUACUGAUCGAUUUGAAGAAUGUGAUAUGGAACUUCAUACAGUACGCUGUAGUGAAAUAGCAGGCAAAGAGGCAGAACACGUGUGGGGACUCUGCCCGUACACUAGUUCUGUCAAUUCCAGAGUUUUUUCAUCUUCAUGUGCAAGAACUGUUCAUUUGGACAUAUACUAGUUUAUAAUUCAUACUCAGAACUGAAAACAGCAUUUGCAAUGUUCAGGGGUGUAACUGAUUUGAAACCAGAUGCCACUGGGUGUGGUGUCUGAUUGUUUUAAUCUCAAUUAUUGAAUAAUUCCUCACUGCCAGAGUGUGGUAAACACUGAGAAGAAAGAUGAUCCAUGUUUUUGUUGCGUGCUGUUUAUGUUUUAUGAAGUUUGAAGUCAGUCAGUGGUGAUGGUGUGGCCCUGAAUGAGACUACUACAACUUUAUCUUAUCUGGCUUUACUUCGUGUGUCAGUUGUUGGAAACUGGACUUUUUUGUUGUUGUCUCAAAUGUCUUUGACAGUGGAGUACAAGUUGAUGUGUGUCUCAUUAAGUAUUCAGAGAUAUCUGUUUUUUGGCUGUGACUUCUUGUACUGUGCAUAUUUCAGGCAUUAUUUCCGUGUUAGGAACUUUAAUGAGUUUCUAAUCGUGUGCCAAUUCAUUUUUCAAAUUUUAAUGUCUGUGUUGUGAGACUUGGGCAUUUCUUGAUAUGAAAAUAUUUCUUUCUCAUAUUGCGUAGACAGGAAAAUGAUGUUGGGCAUUUGAAUUAAUUAUUGAAACGUUUCUCAUUAGUUUUCCUUAAUAAUGUAUUGAUUAAGGAGUAUUUUUCUUUCCCUUUGUCAGGGAACAAAUUGUUGUAUUUGUUAUAACCAAACCAAAGCCUGUAUCUGAAUUGUGAAAAAGUACCAAGCUAGUCAUGGUCGAAACAGCUGGCUCGUGGGAGAAGUUGUUGUCUCCAACAAGUUUAUAAAGCUUUUGAGAUUUUGAACGUUGUUAAGGUUUUGUAAUUGAGUGGGUGCCUGAUUGAUGUCCCUGAUGAGGUCUUCGCUUUCUUGCAGGGGUCACCAAACUUUUGUGUAUUUAUUGAUUUUUGGUGGGCCAGAUAACUAAGAAAAAGCUGAGCUCUGGCCAGAUAACUAUUUUGUUCAAAAUUAUAAACUGAAUACAUAAUAGACACACAAAAAUUGGGACCACAAACAUAGUAUAUAUUAACCAAAAAGUCAUCAAAUUAAGUAGUGUUGUAUCUGCCAAAAGCCCGCCCAAUGCUCGAGGCACAUUGAAAAAAAUAUUGGCCCAACCUUAGGCAGAGACCCAACACUCUCUGGGCGCCUGGAGGACCUGCGGGAAACAGCAGCCUUCUCGCUAAAGACUGGAAUGUCCAUGAGCAGAAGAAAUUGGAAGAGUAAUGUUGUAAUAAGGUAGUUACGUCACACCAAAUGCGCAUAAUAUAUAUGUGAAUCUCAGAAGCCAAGCAGCUAGACUGUGAUGCAGUAGUUGGAGGUUAUCAAGUCUAUAAAAACACUAUUUUCACUGUAAAGUUCAAUGAAAAUUAUUAUAUUAUUUUGUUGAUCAAGUCCUGAGUACAGAAAUUGUUAAAAUUAAAUCAUUUUGUUGAUCAAGUCCUGAGUACAAAAAUUGUUAAAAUUAAAUCAUUUUGUUGAUCAAGUCCUGAGUACAAAAAUUGUUAAAAUUAAAUCAUUUUGUUGAUCAAGUCCUGAGUACAAAAAUUGUUAAAAUUAAAUCAUUUUGUUGAUCAAGUCCUGAGCACAGAAAUUGUUCAAAUUAAAUUAUUUCGUUGAUCAAGUCCUGAGCACAGAAAUUGUUAGAAUUAAAUUAUUUCGUUGAUCAAGUCCUGAGUACAGAAAUUGUUAAAAUUAAAUUAUUUCGUUGAUCAUGUCCUGAGUACAGAACAAACACAUCUUCCAAGAUAAAUUUUCUUCCUUCUUGGUGGCACAGGACGGGACAGACAAACUGCCCUUACAGGCUGGACCUGGCCCGCUGGUGGUUAUUUGGUGACCCCUGCUCUGUUUGGACAAUUCCUUACAAUUUGUUUUUGCUGUUUAAUUUUUUAAAGUUAUAUACAGUGAUGUUCAAGGGACAACUCCAGUAUGUGUGUGC